AUGUUUCAGAAGAAAUCACCAUGGUCCUCAUCCAAAGGUUAUAGACUUGGUGGUGUAGAGGACUCUGUUGCAGCCGAUGAAGAUACCAAUAUAAUAGAUGAAGAGGAAGAGAUUGCCAAUGAGAUAAUGUAUCAACAGCAACAGGACCAACAACUACAGCAACAUGAUGAGGAUAAUGAAGAGGAUGUGCCAUCUCCACCACAGCAAGUCCAACCGCUGCAACAACAAGAUCAAGAGCCAGAAGAACAAGUUCAAGAUGAUGAUAACCUUGAUGACGAUGAUGAAGAGAUGGACAUGCCACCUCCACCACAAGGUCAAUUCCCCGGCGGCAUGAUGCCACAACCAGGGCAAUUCCCUGGUAUGCCUCCUGGAAUGAUGAUGCCACCACAUUGGGGUGGACAACAUCAGUUCCAAGCAUUCGGUGGCGCGGGCCACCAACUGUCUGGCGACCCAGACGAUGAGCCACCAAAGCCAAAGGAGAAGGACGAGAUUGUCAACAUGAUCACUGAUCGCUUCAACAAUCAAGUUUCACCUCAGCUUGGCUCAACAUCACCGCCCAGAAUGUUCUAUCGUCCAAUCAAGCCACUGAUCGACAUUUGUUUGGAGAAGAUAAUGAUCGACGUGACUCCGUAUCAAGCCCGUCUAAAGUUGUUGCCUGGCUUCAUGGUGCAGCGUCUGCUCGAUUUGAUGGUUGGCGCACACAAGGUCACACGAAAGAAGCUGGAUCAGAUCAUCACGUCGGGUGCGCUCAUCGAGGAGCUCAACCUCAACUACCAAUCAUUCGUCAGCAACGACUUCAUGCUCAGCUCCCUCCAAUGUCUGCUCAACUGUAUCCGACGUCUAUCACUCUCACGCUGCGUCAACGUCACAGACGAGGGUGCCAAAGUAUUCAAGAAGCUUACCCAUCUCACAUCACUCAAUCUAAGUGGCGUUCGAAUAUCCGAUGUAUCCGUGCCCUAUAUUAACAAACUCACUAGCCUUGAAGAGCUAUCGUUGAGCUGCACGUUGAUCACCGACAAGGGUGUUGUAUUGUUGUCACCUCUUGUCAAUCUAUUAUCGCUGGACUUGUCAAACUUGAACAUCACAGACGAUUGUAUCUCGUUGACCAUUCCUUCAUUCACAAAGUUGCAAGUACUCAACCUGUCAGAGACCCAGGCCACAGAGAAGAGCAUCCAAAAGCUUAGCAAGCUUCCCUUAUCCGACCUCUCGCUCUCCAACUGUCCUGGUAUUGGCAACCAAGCCUUGUUCUUUAUUACAUCAUUCGGAAACACACUCAAUAGACUGGAUAUUGUUGGCACCAAGAUUGCUGGACCAGGCUUUGUCAACUUGAAGAGACUUCCGAACUUGUUCGAGAUCAAGUUGCCUGGUAGGGACUCUAUAAAUGACAGCUCUGUUCACCAUCUCAAUCAAUUGGUCAACAUCCGCAAGCUAGACCUUUCCAACUACAUCUAUCUCAACUCUGUUUCCACACUCAGUGGACUCAAGUACUGCACUGAGAUGUCGCUCUCCAACACCAAGAUUGGUGAUGACAGCAUGAUCGCCUUGUCACAAUUCCUAAACUUGGAGAUAUUGAACUUGGAUAGGACAUUGGUGACAGACUAUGGAGUAGGCAGGUUGUUGACACUGGGCCUCCACACAUUUAGUUUGAUGAAGACACAUAUCAAUGGCAACUCGUUCCAGGCUUUGUCGGCAAUGUCAUCAUUGACAUCGUUGAAUGUGUCCUCAAAUGAGAUUGAGGAUGACAAAGUGUUGCCUCUAACCAAGUUGCCAAACCUCACCUUUAUCGAUCUGCGUGGAACCAAAGCCUUCACAUCAUGUCUCAAGUUUGGUCUAUCAGUCAAUGUCCGAAGACCAGUUGUAGAUCUACCUGUUGCCAAUCCAAACAUGGGUGGUGGCGGUGAUGAUGAUGAUGAAGACGAUGAAGGCAUAUGGGAUUGA